AUGGCGUGGGCAGAAGUCGUGCCUUCUCUAGUUAUCGUCACCGUUGCCGUGGCGUCCAUGGGUUUGUUGCAAGGUGUUUUUCACCGGCUUGCGACCGGUGAGCGUCGACGAGUCGGUCAGGAUCGCUGGGAUCGACUCUUGUACGAGCGAGACCGGCGACUGGAAGCGGAGCGCGUUGGCAAGUGA